AAGCUGCUCAAACGUCCAUGAGCGAUGCGGGGCCCAAAGCCAUGGCCCAAAAGGCGCGGAAAUGCGCAAACUGGCGAUGCGGAGGCUGAGGUCGUGGCUGCGACGGCUGAGACGGAAUUCCAGGAUUCAGAGACGCGCGGCGAGGCCAAGGAGGGGCCUGAGGACACUGAAGUUGGGGACGUGACUGGCGGCCUGGACACAGAGGGCUCGCAUCGGACACGCAAAACCUCCUCGUAUCUUGCGCGCCGCAGGUUCGUGCCUGAGGAGCCACCAAACUUCCGACGUUCCGGCUAUGCGCAGCAACCUGUCAGGGCCACGGUGUCCUACGCCAGCCAGCGUGGCCGACCUGCAGCAGCGGCGACAGAGGAAGCCGAUGUAGCCGAUGCGGGAAGCCCGAGUCCAGGACCUUCUCUCACUCUCUGUACGGAGCGACGACGCAUCCGGAGUGUCUUCAAGGCGCAGCCAGAGGUGGGCCAGGACUUGCAGAGUCCAAGCGUGGAUGAUGUCACUGUGAACGGGACGCUUGCCGAAUUGCACUGAACUGGCAUUGCGAUGAGGCGUGCAAAUUCUGCCAGGGGGUGGAGAAGGAUCAGUUCUGCACGAUGAUGCGCGGAGUGGCACAGGACGUGCUCUACGGGCGAGUACGCGACGAGGAUGGAGCAAGCAAGAACCAGAUGUGGCACACCGAAAACUUCGUCACUUUUCACAGAGUAACUGCUUUGGCGCCAACAGGAGCA